AUAAUAACAAAGCUUGAGUUAUUUAUGGGCUUGAUAUAUGUAGCCUGGUGGUCAAUGGGUCUAUUUACAAAAUUACAUGAGUGUACAUGGUGUACUUGGCGUGAUUUAAAAUUAUGUUGCAUGGGAAUGAAAAUGUUCUUGGGUAAAACAUUUUAUUCACUCAUUUUAUUUCUGAAAAAAUGGUAUUUAUAGAGUAUUAAUUUGGAUAGAGUAAACUGCUUACAUGUUUGUUUUGAAUUUUGUUUAUUUGCAGAUACAAAAGAUGAAUUCCGUUAUGUUUCUGAUGUUCUGGGUAGUUGCACUCGGCCACGCCACAGAUAUGAUCUUAAAUGAGGAAUAUCAGGUCGCGUUUCAGCCGCUUCACACGCUGGAUCUAAGUAAACAUGUAUUUAAAUAUAUGUUGGGUAUUAGGUGGCCGGUUAAGCUUGAUAAAUUUGAUUUCCCAGAAUUGGAAUGCUCCCGUUCAGAAUCUGGCCCCCUAAGAUUAAGUGAAACUGGUCCCGAUGUAAAAAUGCGAAUAGAAACAUGUGAAUUGGCCAAAUCAUAUUCUUUAGUUUUAAAGUCAGAUAUUCAGGAAUUGGAAAACAAAUUAUUGGAGUUAACCAAUAAUGUGAAAGUCUCUUUGCCAGGCAUUUCUUCUAUGAAAAGACAAAAACGGAAUAUUAUGGGUAAUUUAUUUGGACCUAUUUAUAAUUUCAUGGGAUUAGUAUCAACUAAGGAUAUAGAAACUAUUGAAAGUCAAAUAAAGGUUUUGGAAAAUGGCCAAUCAAAAUUAUAUGAUAGCGGAAAUCAAUUACGAAAAGGAAUUUUAUCUCUUGGAAAUUUGACAGAUUCGAGAAUUAAUAAUUUAUUACAAACAAUGAGCCAUAAUCAGGAGAAUAUUAAAAUAGCAUUUUCAAAUGUUUCUAUGGCUUUAGAUGAUGUAGAAUAUAGAAUUACAGAGGUGACAAGUCAUUUGGUUCAACUAAGAAAUUUAGUUAAUUUUAUUGCUAGGGCUAUUCAUAUGCAAACACGGAUAAUAAGUCAAAUUGAAAUGACCUAUACAAGUCUUUUGUCAGGGAUAGAUGACAUACAAAGAGGAAAUCUUCCUUAUGUGUUAAUUCCACCCAAUCAAUUAGAGGAUAUAAAAAAUACAGUUACAGAAGUAUUACAUGAUCGUUUGGGGGAAGAAUAUGAGUUAACAUUUAAUAAUACUUUAAAGUUUUACAAGUUUGUAAAGGUAAUAGGGACAUGGACAGAUAAAGCUUUAUAUGUCAUUAUUGAUAUACCUUUUCAUCGAAAAAAUGGCGAAUUUUUAUUAUAUGCUGUCCAUUCCCAAGAAAUGGAAAUUGGAGAGUCCUCUAAAGCUACGGUGAUAAGAAAGUUGCCAAGUUAUUUGGCGAUUGGUAAGGAUCAUUACGUAACAUUAUCUGAUGAGGAAUAUUUAUCAUGUGAUAAGAAACAUUGUCAUAGGCCAUUGGUUCCCUUAAUAAUUAAUGAAAGGGAAUGCAUUUUAAAUCUAUUCAAUAAAAAACAAGGGCUAGCAGCAAAAAGUUGUAAAUUUGAUGUUAUUAUAAAGAAACUAGACGAUCAUGUCAGAAUUAUCGAUCAAUACGUAUUCCUUUCGAAUGUAAGUGGAAAUCUGACCAUGAAGUGCACAGAAGGAAUGUCUAGGUUGUGUGAAGAAAAAUUGUGCAUCAAAGUUUUACCUUGCAAUUGUUUUAUUGAUUGGAAUGGUGAUAAAAUUUAUUUCCAUCCAGAAGCUUGUACCCUGAAAAUGAUAAGGGAUCCUCCGAGAAAGAAUGCGGCAUUUUUAAUAAAUUAUCAUGCAAACAUUAUUGAUUGGGAAAAUGCAGGAAAUACAUUAGAAGGUCUAAAGUAUCCACAUUUGAAUGAAUUGGAAUUAGUUAAUCCAGAGGUAGUAGAUAAUCAGGAAAGGAUUCAGUUAGAGAAAGUAAUUGACAAUAUUAAAAGGCAAAGGUCGUGGUUUGUGAAACCUGAUUAUAACUUAUUUACAUUUGGGAAAUUGCAAACUGGCUGGGUAGAAUUUUUACAGUGUAUUCUGUUAAUGAUAUUAGUAGUUGCAAUGAUUGUCUUAUUCAUUUUGACAUAUAAGUACAGGAGAGUUAUAUUAAGAUUGGGUAAGGUUAUGGUGAGUAAGCAGUUAGUUAAGAAGUAAUCAUCGGUAAUGGUGAAGGAGACACAUGCGAGCUGCUAAUAUGGUUCCAUGAGUUGGUUCUGACUUGGUUUUUUUUUCUAUCUGGGUGAUAAGUAAGUUAUUAGUAAAAUGAAAAGGAAAGAAUUAGUAUAAAUUUACAUAUGGAAUUAUGUAUACUUACCUCUUAAAAUAUGGACCCAAUAGAGAUAAAAUUCUAUCACGUGCUGAAUCACCGCCAUGUUAAUUGGAAAAUUCCCGGUUCUUUGUUAUCAUCAAAAUGUCCACAUGUUUCUAGGUGAAAUUUCCUCCUGUAUUAUGCAGAUGUUCUAAUCCUUGAUGUCCAGUAAAGAAUAUUUCGGAUGUUUUGGUGGCUACCAAAUAAGUGUUCGAUGAAUUUCUUUAUCUAAUUGAUUAUAUAUGUAGUUCUCUGUGAUUCCUCUAAUAAACAUGAAGUUUUGUCUAUCAUACAUUUGUAUGGGGGUAUCUUUAGCAUGUUUGGAAGGGGUAGAGAGAGCAAUCUUUUGGCGCUUGUGAUUGGUUGGUUAAGGAAGGGGGUGGAGUUUGGUAUAUACCCAGUUGCAACAUUUUUUUAUGAGUGACAGUUCAGACGAGAGGAGACGUUUUAACAACUGGGUUGAUUUUUAUGUUGUUUUUUUUCUGAAAAUUCAAGGUGAGUGAUUAGAGAGAUACUGCGAUAUAUACAGCGAUUUUAUAGUUAUUACUCAAUAUAAUCUCAUAUAUUCAUUUAUUUACUCAAUAUUAUUUCAUAUACUCAAUAUUAUACUCAUCUAUAUACUCACUAUUAUUUAGUAUACUCAAGAUUUAAAAAAAAAAAGGUUCAAUAUUAUGUUCAUUAAGAAUUGAGCCGAUGGGUUAAGAAUCUAAAAAUGUUCAGUGACAGUGACCUCUUUAUAUUUAAUUACACGUUUCCUUGUUGGCUGAAGAAUUCAAAUUGUAAGUGUCAGUUGAAUGUUCAUUUUCACUAGUGACAUCUAUAAAUUCUGAAACGUUGUAUUUAUAUUUCAUUCACUGGGGGUUGUUAAUUUAGAAUUUCAUUUCAUUUCAAUAGUGACAUCUAUAAAUUCAUUUAGGGACAAUCAAAAUUUGGAUUCAUAUAUAUUUUGUAUUUUAAUGGUUACGAGAGAGUGUGACAGAAGUCAACUGGCACAGUGACUGUCUGGGGGUGAGAACGGUCCCUUAGGUCACAGGAAUCUUAAAAGGAAGUUAACUGGCACAGUGAUCUUCCCGAUUCUUGGUGACAAGCUGCAACCAUAGAGACUUUUUAAAUGAAGAAUUCUACAGUGAUCUCUACAAACAUUCUACAAACAAAUUAGGACCUUUCACAAACUACGAACAUUCUACAAACAUUUGAUUAUAUGAAGUUAAAAUUGAUAUUAUAAUGAAGGAUUCAUCAGACAAUAAGUGACUUGGGAUGCUGCACCUGUAUUAUAUAAUUAACUUCGGUUAAUUAUGGACUUUAAUUAAUGAACGUUUAAUGAAUCAAGUUUAAAAUAAUCUAUAGAGUUGAUGUACUUUAAAUACUUUAUUUAAAGAUAUAUUGAAUAUUGAAUUCUCGAAUCAAAAAUAUGUAAAUAUUAUAAAAAUGUACUUGUAUAGCUAUGCAUGUAUGUAUGGAUGUAUGUAGGUGUGUGUGUAUGUAUGUAUGUGGGUAUGUUGUUGUGUGAGUUUGAAUGAAGUUUAGUUGACCUGUCAUGAUUAAGUAAUUUAAUUAAAAAACCAUUGUAUUGAUUUGAACUUGAAUUGAACUCGAAUUGUAUUAAGACAGUGUUUAGAUAUAUUUAUCUGGUUCUGUGGAAUAAGAAAUUAUAGAAUAAUGUAUAUCAUAAUUGAAAUGGUCUAUUGAAAUUGAAUAUUGUUUAGAAAUAUUACAUUUAAAUUUGGAGAAAUAUUGAUUGUACUUUAUUUGUCUGUCUGGUAUUUCAUUUUUUAAGUUAUGCUAUUCUUCUGUGAAGCAAGGGAAGAGUGUUACAGACAGACAAAAUACCUUUUUGUUAGGAAUUUUAUAUGAUAUUUUAUUACAUACAGUUUGAGUUGUUUUUACAUUUAUACUUUCAUUUGAGUGAUACAUAUGUUGUUGAUAUUGGUUAAUUGGAUCCUGCCAGUAUUUUUGGAACUUAUCUGGAACUUAUUUUAAGGACAAGAUGUUUGGAACAAAGAAGGUUCAUACCUUAUGCCAAAAGUAGUCCUGUAUUUCCAGAAGUCCUUGAGAUAAGUUCCAGGAAAUAUCUUGGCAAGAACAAAGAAGAUGCUCAUUUGGCAGGAACUAUAUUUUGGAGAGUAGUUAUAUAUGGUAGUGUGAUUGGAUAGUAUAAAAGAGUUUGGGUGUGUCCGUGUUGGGUUGUCUGGUUGAUUGCUGUAUGCUGUAUGCUGUAUGCUGUAUGCCCGUAGGAUUGCUGUCUGAUGUGCUGAUCUUUGUAUUAUAGAAUAAAAUCAUUAUAACCAACUAGAUUUGUCGUGUAACACUUUAUAUUCCUGUAACCACGCCUGUUACCCAAGGGACAACGACAGUAACA